CCCUGCUCCGGAGGGAGCCGUGCCCGGGACAGCCAGAGGGUCACCAUGCCCAACAAGAAGAAGUACAACGUCAACGGGGACUCAGCGGGGAUGAAAGCCCAGAUCCAGUUUGCUGACCAAAAGCAGGAGUUCAACAAGCGCCCGACCAAGAUCGGCCGCCGGUCGCUGUCCCGCUCCAUCUCGCAGUCCUCGACAGACAGCUACAGCUCAGCCGCCUCCUACACGGACAGCUCGGACGACGAGACCUCCCCAAGGGACAAGCAGCAGAAGAACUCCAAGGGCAGCAGCGACUUCUGCGUGAAGAACAUCAAACAGGCCGAGUUCGGGCGGCGCGAGAUCGAGAUCGCCGAGCAGGAGAUGCCGGCGCUGAUGGCCCUGAGGAAGAGAGCUCAGGGGGAGAAACCCCUGGCGGGGGCCAAGAUCGUGGGCUGCACCCACAUCACAGCUCAGACAGCGGUGCUGAUGGAGACGCUGGGCGCGCUGGGCGCGCAGUGCCGCUGGGCCGCCUGCAACAUCUACUCCACCCUCAACGAGGUGGCCGCUGCCCUGGCCGAGAGCGGGUUCCCUGUGUUUGCCUGGAAGGGAGAAUCCGAGGAUGAUUUCUGGUGGUGCAUCGACCGCUGCGUCAACGUCGAGGGCUGGCAGCCCAACAUGAUCCUGGAUGAUGGAGGAGAUCUCACCCACUGGAUCUACAAGAAAUACCCCAACAUGUUCAAGAAGAUCAAGGGCAUUGUGGAGGAGAGCGUCACCGGCGUCCACAGGCUGUACCAGCUCUCCAAGGCGGGGAAGCUCUGCGUGCCAGCCAUGAACGUCAACGACUCCGUCACCAAGCAGAAGUUUGACAACCUCUACUGCUGCAGGGAGUCCAUCCUGGACGGCCUGAAGAGGACAACAGACAUGAUGUUUGGAGGGAAGCAGGUGGUGGUUUGUGGCUAUGGGGAGGUGGGCAAGGGCUGCUGUGCUGCCCUCAAGGCCAUGGGCUCCAUCGUCUACGUCACCGAGAUCGACCCCAUCUGCGCCCUGCAGGCCUGCAUGGACGGGUUCCGGCUGGUGAAGCUCAACGAGGUCAUCAGGCAGGUGGACAUCGUCAUCACCUGCACAGGGAACAAGAACGUGGUGACCAGGGAACAUCUGGACAGGAUGAAGAACAGCUGCAUCGUCUGCAACAUGGGGCACUCCAACACCGAGAUCGACGUGGCCAGCCUGCGCACGCCCGAGCUGACCUGGGAGCGCGUCAGGUCCCAGGUGGAUCACGUCAUCUGGCCCGACGGGAAGAGGAUCGUGCUGCUGGCAGAGGGCCGCCUGCUGAACCUGAGCUGCUCCACCGUGCCCACCUUUGUCCUGUCCAUCACGGCCACCACCCAGGCCCUGGCUCUGAUAGAGCUCUACAACGCCCCCGAGGGCCGCUACAAGCAGGACGUGUACUUGCUGCCUAAAAAAAUGGACGAGUACGUGGCCAGCCUGCACCUGCCCACCUUCGACGCGCACCUGACAGAGCUGACGGACGAGCAGGCCAAGUACCUGGGGCUCAACAAGAAUGGACCCUUCAAACCCAACUACUACAGAUACUGAGUUCCUGGAGGAACCGCCCCGACACCCGAGUCCUUCUCAACUACUGUACAGGAUGAAACCGCGCAAGCUUCCCCCGCUAGAGCCGGGCUUGCUGCCAUAGUCGACAGUGUGUUUUAGGUUAUUUAUUUAUUAAAUUAGGAUACUGUUCA